GGUGGACCAGAGUUGUUGAAAGUUUCAGACCACUGGUUUUAGCUAGUAUGAAUCAUUUCCUCCAGUUUUUGUCGUGAAAAAAUCGUGUAAAAUCUCGGAUUUCCAGCCAUGGAGGGUCCCAUGAUGGGAGGGCAUCUCUCAGUGCCUACACAGAAAGCCUUAAAAAAAACCUGGAGCAAGCGUUACUUCCUGCUGUACCCCACUAGCGGCAGUGGCGUGGUCCGACUGCUGCAGUUCGAGAGCAAGGACCAGGCCAAGAAGGGUCAGAAGGGGGCAAAGGUCAUCCCGCUCAAGGACUGUGUGGCCAUCACACCGAGCGCCGACCACAAGUCCCAGGAUAAUGUCAUUGACAUCGUUUUCCCGGACAAGACGCUCUCCUUCGCCGCCGAGACGGAAAAGGAGCUCAACAACUGGUACCUGAAGCUGUGCAAGGCGGUUUUUGGAGGGAACUCUCCCACUGUUCUUGAUGGCAGCGUGGCGGCUCCUCCCCCAUACAGCCCCCCACAGAUCCCCCCGCCACAGCCUCCGCCGUACAGGGCCACGGAGCCCCCAGAAGGAGCCACAGCUCCGGAGUACAGCGGCAUGGCAGACAACGUCAUCUACGCUGCACAAGAAAGUCUGUCGUACCAGGUGGUAGUGCGUCUGACGGAGGCGGCGCAGCGCUGUGAGCUGGACGGGCCGUACCUGUUACAGGUGAACCCCACCUGUCUGACUCUGCAGGACAGACGCACCAACCAGGAACUCUACAGCUGGCCAUACAAAUACCUGCGCAGAUAUGGCAGAGACAAGACUCAGUUCUCCCUGGAAGCAGGUAGGAAGUGUGCGAGUGGGGAGGGGAAGUUUGAGUUUGCCACCUCGGAGGGCAACAGUAUCUUCAACAACGUGGACGCUUUCGUCAAGGGAAGGGCAUCCAUUGCGAUGGACAUAUCACAGGCUCCCAGUCAGAUGAGAAAAGAUUCUGGAGAAACUCUUGGCAGAGACCCGACGUUGCCUCCAAGAAACUACAGCAGGCCCCAGUCAGCCGGGCCACAGGACAUGCCGAACAGGCCACCGAAACCUCCGCCACCCAGACCAAUAAGCGAGGGGGCAGAAAGCUUAACAGGCUAUCAACAAGUCAACAAACCAGCUCCAGUUGCAGCAGUGAGACCAAGAGUGGCCCAGCCGGUACCAGAGUCAGAUCUGUACGAGCCACUAGGCGACUACUAUGCAGAAGUGGACGAUGUGAAAGCAGCUGUUACUAGUGUUAGCCGGGAGGAACCACAGUACUCGGAGACAGAAAUGCGGAUGCAGGCCUGGAAGCAGCAGGGACGCUCCGUGAAGGAAAAAGAGCUCGCUUCGGCUACCUUCGACCCCCAGACUGAGGACUACCACGUGCCUGCCGUACCGAGCAAGCCCAAACCGCUGCCGCCGGUCGCCCCGAGGGCGAAGAAGAAGACAGAGCACAUUUACGACCAGCCGCCGGCUGUCGAUGAAGACAGCGAGGACUACAAAGAACCGACGGAGAUGCACUCCCACCGGCCGCCGGGCUUCGAGGACGACGAUGGGGUUUACGAGGACACAGCAAUGAUUACAAGGCCCGCUGCACCACCCCCUCCCGUACCCCGUCACGCCCCCAAAGCCAGGAAACCGGUCGCGGACUACGAAGAGCCGCCCAAAGAGAUAUCGGGACUGAUAUCAAAGUUUAACAAGAUGCAGUCUGAAGAUGACGGCUCGUACGAUAGCCUGGAUUUCAGCCCUGAAGGGAACAAGAAGAAGCCUGUCGUCACUGAGGCAACAGGGGAGUAUGGAGUCCUGUACAGUUCUGUUCCCUCUUACCAGGAGGAGGAACCAGAAGAGACUUAUGAUUGUCUGGCAAACGCAAUAACUGGAACGUCGUUCAAGGACCCGGAGGGGCCAGUUUACACGGUACUAGAAGGGCCGUAUUCCCCUGGUGUGACGUCAGAAAGGCAUAUUUAUGAUGAAGUGCCCACAGAGUAACUACUACACAGUCUCUCACUGUGCCCAAUCUGUCAUCUUUGAUGGACAAAAAUAGGCAUGUCAAGAUACAAAAAGAUAUGUCUAAGCUUAGGAUUAAUCUACCAGCCAAAUUUGUCCCUCAAACUGCAGGAAAUAGCAUUUGAGAGGGUCCCUAGCCUUGGGCCCUCUGGUACUGCUGGCUUAGAUUAAGAUAACGGAAAAAAAUUUCAGGCUUGCUAGAACACUUAGCCCCAUCAUUAGAUAAUUUAACAAGACUCUUUGAUAAGCUGCUUAUGAUAAUCAAGGAUGAAUAAUAAUUUGAUUAGAAACUAAUAGACAUAUCAACUGGGACCAAACUAGCAGUUAACAUCAACAUAAACAUGUAAUUCGUCUUAUCCAAGAAGAUUUCUAUUUUUGGCAUUUCAGUACACUAAAGCUCUACUCAAAAGUGGAAAAGUGUAAUAUUAAAUAUAGUUAUUUGAAUGGACCAAAAAGGAAUAUUUUAAAGAAUAUUCUGAUAACCACGCCUUGAAUCUAUUAUAUGGUCAAAAUGGGUGGCACUGUCUAAUCCCAAUAUAUUUGAUAUGCAAACCAUUGAUACUGGCAUAUGUACAUCAUAGAUGUGUAAACAACUACUACUAAUUUCUUAGAAUAAAAGUAAUCCUGUACCAGUAUUGUAUGCCAUUUUUGCAAUAAACUAACAAGAUAGUAACAACAUACAAGAGACAUUAUGACAUUUUGUAUCACAAGUUUGGAAUGUAAUAAUGAAUUAAAGCAUGAAACUUUAAAAAAAGAAAAGAAAAUUAACUGGAGGAUUCCUGUUGUACAUGUACAUGUAGAUAGGCAAUAAUUUGUUGCCAUGCUACUAUGUGUGUAUUGUUCACGUCACAGAAAUCCACUGCUGUUCAUACAGAUAGCACAAAAAUCAUUUUUAAAUUUUAUCUCACUGUUUUAUAUGUAACAGUAAUACAGUACUGUGAUUUGAGCUACAAUCAAAUUGUGGAUCACAGCAAAGGAAUGUUAUUAUUAUAUAAUAGAUAAUAGAUACUCUGUGAAGGGAUGUAAAGGUAUUUUUAAUAAAUGUUGAAACUAUAAGCUUUAAUAAAGUAAGAGAGAAUAUCAAAUGUAACAAAUGUAUUCUGGAACUCAGUGCUUCUAAAGAAAGGAUAAAACCUAAAAUGUGUGUAUUUCAUACUUUGUUAUUUGAGCUGUAAAUUUCUGUAUUGGGAAAACAAAUGCAAUAUAUUCAGA